AGAUAGUAGUAAACUGAUAGAAACUUUGAGCGAGUGCGGUUGUUUGAACACAAACUGAUAAAAUAUCCCGUCGACAUUGUUCUCUGUGAUUUUUUUUUGUCUACUACAUCAAAAAUAACUGCGUGAAUGUGCAGCCGAAAUAACGACUUUGAUAUCCGCAUCCAGCGCUGCGACCUCAACUUCAACCAAGUUUACUUGGGCAUUUUCUGAAGAUUGCAUGCUGGAGCCUGAACGUGGCUUUCUGCAGACCCAUUCUCAAGAAGGGAAACCUUUGUGAGACGCUGAAGAACGGCCAGUUCAUCCACUUUUAUCAUACUGGAAUCUGCAGAAUAAUAAAAUGGCUACAAGGUCCCAUAUUCCCUUGAUGCUUCUUGCAAUAUGUUGCCUGGCAUCUGCAGGACCGCUGUUUCGCAGCCCAUGUGAGUUGCUGCCAGUGGGGACGGGACACCCAGUGCAAGCCAUGCUGAAGAGCUUCACUAUCCUGUCAGGGUGUGCAAGCAGGGGCACCACCAGCUUGCCUGAGGAGGUCCACAUCAUCAACCUGAGAGGACAUGCUCAUGAGGGACCAGACAACUCUCCAGUAAAAGUUGACUUACAUCUGAAGCCCAUCCAGUCAAUGCUGCACCACCAGAAGCCCCUGGUCUUCGUGCUCAGCUCCCCCCAACCAUUGAUCUGGAAUGUCAAAACAGAGAACCUGGCUCUGCGCAUCCAACAUACCUUUUAUGUAUCUAUGGGCUCACAGGUCAGGUUUAAGCCGGAAAACUUCUCCCUCUUCACCCGCAUACAGCAAGAGACCUUUCCCCACGGCAAUGAGCAACUCCUCAACUGGGCCCAGAAGAAGUACAGGGCAGUCACCUCUUUCUCUGAGCUCAAGAUGACUCAAGACAUCUACAUCAAAGUCGGAGAAGAUCCACUGUCUUCUGACACCUGCAAGAUUGAUUCCAAGUUCCUGUCUUUGAACUACCUGGGCAGCUACAAGGAGCCACAGACAUCAAAAGGCUGCAUCCUCUCUGUGCCCCACAAAGACAAAGAAGUCCACAUCAUUGAGCUCCAAGCCCCAAACGCCAGCAGUGCUUUCCAGGUGGAUGUCAUAGUUGAUCUGCGGCCACUGAAGGAAGGUACCUGGGUACAUCGAGACGUUGUCUUGCUGCUCAAAUGCGCUAAAUCUGUGAACUGGGUCGUCAAAGUCCACAAUGUGACGGGCAAUGUGGAUGUGGUGGCCUCUGAUACAGUGACUGUUGGCUCACAGGCACUAGUGUCCAAAUCCCCCAUGCAGCACUUGCCAUCAGGGCCACAAGCCUUAAUCCAGUGGGCAAGUGAUCGUGGCCACAAUCCAGUCACAUCUUACACCAGCACUCCCGUGGCAAACCACUUCAAUAUCCGACUUCGAGAGCCAGAUGUCGUGGAUUCUCUGGAGAGCAAAUUACCUCCCGAACUCGCCAUCCUGCGUGAUUCUAGUCCUCUUCCUGUAGAUGGAACGCCACUGCGACGAUCCGGUCUGCCGUUUCCAUUUCUUACAACUGGGGGCAUGCCUCCGCUGGGACACCUGCCCUACGAGUCCAAUGAGCCCGAAAUCGUUUUGAAUGUUGACCUUAGUGUGCAGUGCAAAAAAGAAAGGAUGGUGGUCAGCAUUGACAAACAAAGUCUUCAGGCAAGCGGGUUUACAAAUGCCAGCCUCACACUUCAAGACCCACAAUGCAAAGCAACAGUCAAUGCCACCCACUACACUCUGGAAACUCCUUUGACUGGCUGUCAGACCACCGCAUUCACCAUAGAGGAUAGCACGAUCUACUUCAAUUCUGUCACUGUAAGUCAUGCUGAGACCAAAGAUGGGAAUAGCGACCAGAGAGGGCCCGAGAGAAUGCUUCCCGUGAAAACGUUCGAUUCAUCUACCAUAUUGUUCAACUGCACAUACACAAGCAAAACUAAGAAUCAGGAAACCUCAGCUCCCAGGAUUGCACAGGAACCACCAAGGCAACCAGUCAACAACAUGACGUUUAACAUGGAGCUGUACGACUCGCUGCCUAUCAACAACCCUGCACGCCAGAAUUUCUUCACCGUUUCACAAAAUCAGAAAGUGUUUGUGGAGAUCACAUCAACUGCAUCAGAUCCAGAACUGGGGUUCACCAUCAUAUCGUGCUUCAUUUCUCAUGACUCCAAUCCCAGCGUGUCCUCAGAGUACACACUCAUUGAGACAGUUUGUCCAACAGAUGCCUCCGUCACAUACUAUCCUCAAUUCCCUGUCCAUCCUACAAAGAUGGAUAAGAAAACCUUCAGCUUCAUCUUCAACUCAACUUUCAAAGUGUCCCUGCUUUUCCUGCAUUGUGAGAUGUCUCUGUGCUCAAAGUCAUCUCAGAGGAAUCUAAAUUUACCACAGUGUUUGCCACCCAUUGAAAACUGUGAUUCUCUCUCUGUGGACAAUAUCAUGGCGAUGAUGAUGAACAAAAAGGUCUCGACUCAACCGCUGGUUGUGGUGGAUGACUUGAGCCACAUACCAGAUCCUACAUCAGAAUUAUCAGAAGAGCCACGUAAGCCCUCUCCUGAUGUAGUGUAUGUACUGGACACUCCUGUGGUGGUGGGCAUCGCCUUUGCAGCCUUUGUCAUCGGGGCUCUCUUGACCGCAGCUCUGUGGUUCAUCUACGCGCACACAGGUGAGACAGCUGGCACACAGCCGGUCCAGAAGUCCCAGCCUGCCUCGGAGAACAGCAGUACAGGCCACAGUAUCGGCAGCAUGCAAAGCACGCCGUGUUCCAGCAGCAGCACCGCGUAGCCCAGCAGGAUGCACUGCCAGGAAGUUCUGACGGUUCACAGGGACCGGUUUGUUAUCUCCUUCCAUGAAAGGAAUUAUUUUUGGGGACGUGACAGGACAGAAAAAAAAGCAUGAUUACAAAAAAAAGAAAAAAUAACACCUUAAGUCCUUGUGCUAAAUUGGUGCCACUUUAAGUGUGUGCAGACAAAUGAACUGUCUUGGUUAUGUUGAUGUGUGUUAGUUCUGAGACACAGCUUGGCAGCCUCAUCCGAGAAACAGAUGCAAGUUUAUUCCAGACAUUUCUUUCGAAUCCAAAUGCUGCUUUUUUCUGACCACAACACAGCCUUUUGUUUUGACCUUAAAUGGUUUGAUUGGGGCUGGUUGUGCUAAGCAGGUGUGCUCAGAGAGCAAGCCAACACAAUAAGGCUGGAGUGACGUCAGUAUUAGUAAGUGAGAUGUUGAUGGCUGGGCCGGAGCACGUUGUUUUAUGACAGUGGAACCUAGAAAGUUGCAAGGAAGCAAAUAAACCACUAUUUUCAUGCGGACAAGUGUGCAGUAUGAACAAGUCAUCAUCUUGACACAGAGAUUAUGGCUUUAAAAAGGUAGUCUGGGUAUGAAUGUAUUCAAAAGGGUAAAUGCCAAAAAAAUGUGAAUGAAAAAUGUGAAAGACAUGCUGAGAAAAUUCCACGUUUUCGAAUUGUUUGUACUUUUUAAUGGAUUCAGCCACACAGGUCGGUAAAGUAUAUUGAUCUAAUAGUAUGCUUUAGUAACUCUUGGUAUAGGCAAAGAUUUGAGUUUUAGUUUCACUCAACUUCACAGGGGCAUUAUGGGUUCCCUUUUACUAGCUGUUGUUAAUGGAAGACUUCAGCAUUAAGAGAAAUAUUUGCUUAUUCUUAUUUGAGAUGAUUGACACUUCUUUUGUCUGUGUGUGAAUUAUAGAGCUCUGUUCAGUUGAUGAGUGGCCUAGCUUAGCAUACCUGGUGGAAAUGAGUAGUUCAGGGGAGUGGUAGUCAUUUCUAGGAAGACUAGUUCCGGGUAAUAGGCCUAAAACACUCAGUAUGUUUAAGUCAUGGUGAAUAUAAAAUACAAAAUAUUAGGAAUCAAUAUUUAUUUGUGACAGCAAGACUAUAAUUAUGACAUGAAUAAUAAAUAAAUUAUACAGUGGGCAGGCAUUGUUUUGGAACUUAUUGCAGGGAGUGAUUGACUCUGUUAUGUGUGAGACCUUUUUAAUGCUAAAGUUACAAAAAUGGCCAUAAAUUGAUUUAUGUGAUUUAAUUUUUAUAUCUCUUUUAUGAAAUAUUAUUGAACAUUUUACAUUUUAUGUAAAAAAAAAAUGUUGCCCAGGCUCAGUUAUAGGACUGAACUAUCCCUUAGGUUUGUGGAUUAGUGAACAUUAAAUACUCUGUCCAAAAGUUUGGAAAUAGGCCCACCAAACUAAAGCUUUGGACACCGUGAUGCUAGCAGCUAGGCUAUUCCUUAUGCUAAACCUAGCUUAUCACCAACUUUUGUGUAAAGCAAAGAUUUUUUAAAAAUACAUGCUACUUUAGAUCUUGUCUUUUUAUAAAAAAAAAAUAUCAGAAAAGUUAAAAUGAAAAUUUGGGACAUUUUUAAGCGUGGCCUUUUUGUGCUGCAUAUUACUGAUUCUUUCUGCCGGAAGUUUGUAUGCUAAGCUACGCUAGUCCGCCACUGCUUUCAGCACUAUAUUCAAUACUGAUGCAACUCAUGUUAAGCAAGUGAAUAAGGGUAUUUCUCGAAGCGCUGACUUGCUCGUUCAAGGCCUGUAUAUUUUUGUAUAAUACUGUAAUUACUCGUGUGUGCAAAGUAGUUUUUUUUUUUCUUUCUUCUUUGGAGUUUCGCUGGAUCAUCAGCGUGAGCUUCAUUAAUCAGAUUUUAUAAUAACAGAAACUACGUUAACAGUUUUGACAGUCAUGGUUUUAUAUGGUAAUCAUGGUUUGGAUCCCACAGUUUUAAUUAUUAGAUAAUCAAUUGCCCGUCAGACCAACAACCCCAAAACCAAAGUUAUAAAGUGAAAGCAGAACAUUUUUACAUUUGAAAGGCUGCAAAAUAAAGAUUUGGUUUGUUCUCAUGAUAACACGAGGACUAACUUUGUCAGUUGGCUGAUGAAUCAUUGAACUCCUUAUGAGAGAGUUUUUUGUUGUCAUUUUUAAGAGAUCAAACAUAAAGCGUUUGGUUUUCCUUUUCCCAGAUGUUUUUCUAUGAAUCUCGGCACUGACUGUGUGUUGAACAAGCUGCAGCUGAAGCUGACUUUUACCAACAUAUAGUUUCCUGCCUUCUUCAAACUGCAGCACCACGAUUACUCCACCGUUGAUGAAUGAUUGCUGUAUGUGUGUGGAGGACAAACUGGGCCCUUUCCCUGCUAUCAUUUAACUCUGUAAGCAGUAACCAGAAUGUGUAUCAUCUUAAAGCUUUUCAUUUUUUUCUCUCCUCAUGUAAACAUGUAUAAAGCUUUCUACAGAGAGUAUAAAUAUAUAUAUAUAUAUAUAUAUUUGUGUAUAAAAUUAUAUUUUGGAAUAUAUUAACUAAAAGAAAUUUAUUGUUUUCUAUGUGUGUACGUACUGUGAAUUGUGGAUUUGCUCAUACAUAACACACAUUUGCGGGAGGAUUUAUUUACACUAUUUGUUUAAACGUUAUACCAUUCUUUAGGACACUUUAAUGAAAAUGAAAUAGUAGUAUUUAUAGUCAGAAAGGGACUAAUAUUUUUGAAAAAAAAAAAGUAAAAAAUAUGUCAUGAUUAUUUUCUUAAUUCUUUCUGUUAUUUGAUGGGAUGAUGUGUCUUAUUGACUUCAUAAAGAAUACAAUAGAAAGAGAUUGUUAUUAUUAUCAUAUGUAAACAAAUCUGGAAUACAAAUCUUUUGUUUAAGCAUGAUAUUAUUUUGUCAGAUAGUGUUUGGGUUCAAUUUUCCAUGUGCCGCUUCUCGCUAUUUUAUAUAAAUUGUGUCAGAUAUGAAGUAAUGAAAUCAGAUGUUGUGCAUCUUAAGUAUAAAGUUUAUUUCACUAAAGAUAAGCUGUAGCUAUAGAUGUAAAAAUAUAUAUUUUUCCACAUAAAAUUAGUAAAGGAUGGAGUCCUCCCCAUUGUUAUAUAAAAAAACCCAGAUACCCAACUUGUUUUGGUUCUUUGGUUGUCACAACAGUGACAUAUACCCUCUUUUAAGAUAAUGAAAAAAAUAUGAAAUCAUGCCUAAACCCCUGAUGGAACAGUGGAAAAAAAAAAAAUCAACCUUCAGUUAUUUUGAUAGUGGAAACCCAACUGUUUUCAAUAACACCCGAGAAAUAUUUUUUAUUAAGCUGUAUUAGAAACACUCGGUUUGGAGCAACCUUCACAGCUUGUUUGUUUUAUCGGGCUUCCUGCCAUGUGUGUGUCCACAGCCAAAAUCCAGCUAAAAGCUUUAUUUGGUAAAGCUAAGUUAUGCAUAUAUGCAGCAGUCCUUUUGCAGAGCACUGUUGCUGUUAGCAAUUAGCAUAAUUGUAAAAAAAACAAUAUCCCACUGCAGGGUACAGUGAUCAUCCUCAGUGAAAGAUCCAUGCGCUGCAGAGUUGAAAUGUGCCGCAGCCUAUAAUCAGCAGCCGUAGCGGGAUUAACGCUUUUGGCAUUCCUGUACUUUUGUGGUUUCUCUUAUCGAGUGUGGCGAAGCCAUUUUAAACAUAUAAUUAUCCCCCUCACCCCCCACCCGCCCUCAUCCACUCAUGCUGUUAAGCGCCCGAGCCUCGAGUUAUGUUCUGGAUCUAAUCUUCUCAUUUGAGAUAAUUUGGGGAUAUUUUUCACUCAAACUAACAAUUCAAUACAAUUUGUGAGAGUCACUUUUCAAAUACCAACAUUCCUCCCUGAGUUGUGCCCCAGUGCAAGCUGGGAAAAACUUCAAAACUUCCCCCCCCUCAUGAACAGGUAUGGAUAAUGUCGGGUUUUUAAUAAAUACGAAAUAAUGCUGUCCCACACCAAACGUGUUACUGUAGCAGUAAAAGAUGUGGCUUCGCUGAGAGACAGUAAAUGCUGAAUUCAGAACAGCUGAAAAUUGGAGCAUAAAUCCAUAGAUUAGUUAUGGAUUACUAGUUACUGAUUGUAUUUUUUUUAACCAUUUGACUACCUCAUGUUUUUCUAUGAAUGUGUUAUUUGUGUGUCUGUAUCUAUGUGAGUGUUUGCUUUGCUAUGGAUUAUUUUUCUGGGGCCCCAUUAUGGUUUGAAAGCAGUUUCCCAUUUGAUUUUUGAAAGCAACCAAUGGCAAAUUACAACUUCCCCUUAAUGCCAAGACGGCCUUUUAUUGGUGUUUGUGCAUGUGUCAAGCGUAAGUUAGCCGUUAUUGUUCCAUUUGGUUUAUAAAACUUUUUAUAUGCUGUAAAUAUGCACGACAUUUGUAUUCCCAUUAUGACCAAUAAAUGUUCAUGAUAACUCA